ACACCAGAUUUCAUGAUAGCUAUUUUCGAAACAUUCAGUGUCCAGCUAGUCGUUUCGAAACAUUGGAACCGAACAGAGCCAAAAGUAGUGCGGCUAGACGACUAGUGCGCACCGCGGAGGGGGAUAGUCGAAAUUUGCUGCAGACUUGGCCUUAUUGAGGACACCAGAAAUAACUUAUUAAUUGAAAGGCAAGUAAACAAGCUUCAUUCUGGUAUUAAUUGUUUUUAUGUAAUUUAAUGCAAAUGCGUCAAAUUUAAAUGUUUUCCCUAAUCUUUACUGUUUUAGAGACCCAAUCCAAAGAGAAUCGGCCCGAGGGAAAAAGAGGGAGAAGAGGAAAGUUUGAAAAAACUAAACCCAACAUUUUUUUGAAGUAUUGAUAAAAUGGACAAAGAAGAACAGAUCGAGAGUACUUCACAACUCAAGCCCGAGUAUUCAACAACGACUUUAAUUACUCAAAAAGAUGUUGCCACUGAAAUGAAAGAAUGGAUAAAAAGAACAGAAAAAGACCAAGACAGCACGAAAUCUUCUUACGCUAAUACCAUCGAAUACAUUGAACUCAAACUGGAACACAGACUCUCCUAUUUUGAAACAACUUGGUUUGAGAGGCAAUACGUCAAAACCAUAUUGCAAUUGUGGUUAGAAAAUAGUUUAAAGACGGCUUUCAAGCACUUUGACAACGAAGAAUACGAUAUCAGUAGGGAAAUGUCUGCUGUCUUGAUUAAAUUGAAUAAUAUUAACUCAUUUGAGGAUAUUCGUUCUGUACUAAAAGUAGGAUUUACAAAACAAUGGUGCGACCGAGAGUGUCGAUAUCUUAAACUUAUUCUCGAACAGAAAGAUCUUUUUAAAAACACGCCCCAAUUCGCUGUCUCUUUCAACUGCUACUUUAAUCAAUUCAAAACAUCGUGCAUUGAAAAGGUGUUCUCCCGAUGCCUGAGUGACAUCGUCAAAGAUGAAACUCACUGCAAGAAACACAAGAAAUUCAUUGUCGAAUUGAACAAAUUCCUGUGUGAAGUCAAUAAAGAAAAGAAUUUACAAGACGUUAUGGAGAAGGAAGAAUUCGUCGGAAACUAUGUAAUCGAAGAGAGUAAAACUGGUCAAGAUAUAGUGAAAAAACUAGGGGAGAUGUUUAGUUGCGUCAACGACGAGAUGAGCAGCAAAAUACCGGAAUGGCUCCAAUCUUUUUUAUCAAUAGUGAUGACUUUAAAUGAGAACGAAUGGACUAAGGAAUUGAAUGCACUGACAAAAGAAACCUGCAAAAUAUUCUUUUUACCCAAAACUGAAAUAGAAUUAAAGGAAGAAGACGGAAAACAAAUAAUUGCCAUCAAAGGAAUCGCUAUCUUCGUCAGCAAAAUGAUUGAGGAUAUGAAAAGAUUGAAAUUUGAAAACCCGAAUAUAGAGGAAAUAAAAAUAGUUGGACUAAAAUCCGUUCACAUUGACUGUGACUUGAAUAACGAAACCUGGCACGGAAUAAACAUCGGCAUCGUCACUGAAAAGCUCGUCGUUGAAGGCACCACUAACGAGGACUACACAGAUACUUCUACUGGACUCUGUUAUUGGGACGUAUCAGGAAUAAACGCCAUUCCCAACAUAACAUUUGGAGAGACUCCUCAAUCAGGUGAAAAUGGAGGCAACGUUCACGUCGUUUGCAGAAAAAUAAUCAACGGACAGAAAUGGACAAUUGUUUCUGACGGAGGCGACGGAAGUGCGGGCUACAAAUGUACCAAAGAAGAAUUUGAAGAUUUUUUUCUAAAAGUUGGCAAGUGGGAGAUGCAAACCGUUUUAACAACAUUAAAUCAAAUUCUACCAAACGAAAAUCGGAAAUAUGGCAAAGAUAUUAUGCCAGGGCAUAUGAACAGUUUUUUUAUCAAGGGCACCACGGUAAACGGCAGUGAAAUCACAGCAAAAUUUUACGAGGAAAAAAACUACCAGGGAAAACUUCUUUUAAUCAAAGGAAGCCAUGUCGGACAAGGUAGAUAUGGUGGCGACAUCACCAUUGAAUGUAUUAACAACGCUGCAGUAAAAACGAGCAAAAAUUCGUCAAAAACAUGUGGGCUCCCAUUCACGGGCAAGAAUAUAAAUCGGAAAUUAAUAACAACGGUAAGAAUCGGAGUUUACAAGGCAUCCGGUACUGACGGGAAAAUUGGAAAAGUGGCUGGCGACGUGGCUUAUAUCCACAAUUACAGGAAAAAAGACAUUGGAUGUGAAGUCGAACAAAUUUUUUAUGGGUUUGAUCGUGACCAAAAGAUAAAAAUCCAGUUAAAAGUGGAUAAAGAAGAUAUAAAAACAGGAGAUAGGACCGUGAAAUAUGAAGAAAAAAAGUUUGCGAGAUUAGUCUUUUCUAAAUUAUCUACAAGUAAUUCACCAGGAAUUGUGGUGGAUGUUGCCAAGAAGAAGGCCGUCAUUCGUCAAAGUCUCGUCCAACACUGUAAUCAAAUAGACGAAUGGAAGCAAUUAAUCAAAGGUAGCAAAAAAAUGUUGUCCGAACCAAAUGAAGAUCACUCGAAAAACGUCGAUGAGAUUAUGAAAGAAAUAGAAAAGGUAGAUCAAUUCAAAACACAACGACAAUGGCAACAAUUUGAGAAAAUGGACCAGGAACAAUACGUCAAACAAGCGAUAGAUUCAUCAUCACAGUCUUUUCUAAAGCCCAAAAUGAUCGGCCGUCAUCCCGUAUUUUCAACUGACUGCUCCGAGAAAUCCUUAAAAAAGGUUAACUGCCUUGAUGUUUUGCCAACAGAGGAUGGUAUUGAUAGUGCCCUUCACUGCCUUUUAGGUCAUCUGAAUUCAGAGGGUAAAUACGUCUGUAAGGACACGAAAGGAAUUCGCAAGAUUAUGGCCAAAAAAUUCCGAAAAAAAUUUCAUAUUCCUAAAACAUAUCGCAUCAUUGGCAAGUACGUGUUAAAAAACUUUCCCAAAGCCAUUAGUAAAAGUAAAGAAAAUAUGAAACCCAUCGUAGAAAAGUAUCAACAGCUAAAAGAAGUUGGAACCCAAAAUCAAGAUUACAACUUCGUUGAAUUUUUUUCGUUAGAAGAUGAUGCUGAAUGGGUUAAAUUGUGGGUCCCUUGCGACAACGAUACAAGAUACAUUUCUUUAAAAUUAGAAUACAGCAAUUACAUCGAAUCAGCAGGAACACUAGGAUUAGCCGAACUGGAAAUAUUGGCAGAGGUUUUGAAAAUCAGAAUUCAUGUUUAUCUGCAUCAUGUCUACGAACACCAUAGCUCGUAUUUUCAAUACUUUCAAACUCUGAAUCCACUCCCAAACAAAACAACAAAGGUACAAUAUGAUGAAUAUUUCAUUCAGUACGACGGUAACGGGCGAUGGAAAAAACUUUCACCCAAUUACAACCUGGAAAUCUUUUGUAAAAAGUUGACUGCGCCAGCACAUAUAACGAAUACUUCAACAUUCGCCCCAAAAAACGAACAAAAGAUUAAUCAAAUAUAUUAUGAACAACUGAAGUCUUGGAUCGAAGGAUAUAACAAUAUUAAUAAAAUGACUUUUGUCAUCACUGCCAUUGAGAAGUUUAAUCCCCAAAACAAGACGCCAGAUAAACUAUCUCAACUACUUUUGAGCCGAUUAAACAACCUUAACAAUGACGUUGAACAAACAGAAAAAUUUAUAUCUGCAAUUAGUUCACUAACGGAAUGGGUCGAGUACUACAACAACCGCAAUAUUAAUCCCUUUUUCUAUCUACACAUCUUGGAAGAUCAUAAACCAGACGACUGGGAAUUCAGAUUCAUUCUAUUGGAAUUGGAAGAACGGUUAGAGAAACCAUUCACAGACAACAUAGAGAGAGAAAACUGGAUAGAAAUUGUUCGUAAAAAUUUGAUCAGUCACCAAUCGUUGCUUGCUAAAAUUGCGAUAGAAAAUAAAAAGGAGAGUGAAAUUUUGUUCUCUUUGGAUGUAAAAACAAUGUUACCGAUGUUAGAAUGUCUUGAAGAGAAAAGCAAUGUGACACGAAGUAAUGUGGGUUUGGACAACAAAAAUUUUAACAGUGGGAAAACAGAUACGCAACUGACUACCGAAAAUGAAUGGAAAUCAAAAAGCAAAAAAACAUUGAACUUAUCUAAUAACAAAGCAGAAGAGAUACUUGACGACAAUUUUGUUGCGGGGCACAAUUUAACACUGGAAUCAAGAAAUGUGAAAGCGAUUAUUGAUGAAAUGAAGAGAAAAUAUUCCAAGGACAAACGCAACAUAUUAAACGUGAUAGAAAAUAUUGAAAACAUAUUGAAGUUGUAUGAAAGACAGAAGAUUGAAUUCGAAGACAUCUUCAAAAUAAUUUUAGAAAAGAAGGGGAAAAAUGCAAAGGUUAAUUAUCCUGAACAAUUAAAUAUUUCUAAACUGAUGACAGAAAUGAAGAAACUUGGUGAAAAACAUAGCGAUUAUAAACGACAAAUUCAGUCAUUCAUUAAUGAUGGUCUAGAUAUCAACGAUGACACUUCACUAACAACUUUUCUUUGUAUUUUUGAUCACGUCGUUAAACAGAAAUUGGGAUUCGAGCUAUACGACACUCAGAGAGUCGCCAUUAUGACUUUGUUGGUUAACCAUAAAACAUUUGCGCAAGUAUCGACUGGUGAAGGCAAAUCAAUUAUCGUGGCUGGACUUGCCAUUGGAUUUGCUCUUUCGGAUCGUCUUCCUUCAAAAGACUCAUCAGCAAAAAGAAAUCUUCAAAUAGACGUUAUCACUAGUAACGAUGUUCUUGCCAUUCGUGAUUCUUAUUUGCCAGUUUCCGAAGGAGGAUUGAAGGAACUUUACGAUUUUUUUAACGUCACCGUGGGAAAUAAUUGCAGUAGGUCUGUAGAUGAUCGAAAAAAAAUUUAUUACAUGGACGUCGUAUACGGGACACUAGCCAACUUCCAGCGUGAUUAUUUGCUUGACGAAUUUUACAACCACAACAUACGAGGUAACCGAAAAAUGGCAUAUGGCAUCAUCGACGAGGUGGAUUCUGUGUUGCUGGAUUGUGGCAACAAUAUGCUCUACCUGUCGCACGAUAUCCCUGGUAUGGAGAUGUUUGAAUUUCUUUACGUUUUCAUUUGGGAGAAAACACGAGACACUUCAGCGGAAAUGAUAAAAUCCGAGAUCCUCUAUGAUCUUUAUGGCCAAAUAACAGAAAUAGAUCUAAAUAAUAUUUACACUCCUUUAGCGGAAGAGGAACUAGCGUCCGAAAGAUCUGCGAUAUGGGAGCAUCUGAUUAGGAGAAAAGUUAUUAACCCACAAGGGCGUCUCGAGAUAACCGACGCAAGCGAAAUUACAGAAGAAAAAAUUGACUACCUUCCGACAAAUGGGAAGCUUGAAAAAAAAAUACUGAAUCCAAAAAUGGUUUUCUACUUCCGUAAAAUAGCAGAGCGCAAACGUCGCAUCCACAUUCCGGAUCAUUUGUUGCGUUUUGUCGAUAGACACCUGGACACUUGGCUGGACAAUGCCAGGCGGGCAGAAGAACUAAAAAAAGACGUGGACUAUGUAAUCGACCAUGACCGCUCAGACACAAGACCUGAUCUGAAUCCGCAAGUGAUCAUCAUCGAUCCUGACACGGGAACGGAUCAAUACAGUUCGCAGUGGGAUGGUGCCCUGCACCAAUUCCUUCAACUCAAGGAAGGAUGCAAAUUGACAUUGCAGAGUCUCAAAGCAGUGUUCAUCUCCAAUGCAACUUACAUAAAGAAAUAUAAUAAAAUAUUAGUAGGUGUGUCGGGAACCCUGGGCUCUCUUCCAGAAUAUGAUUUUUUGAAAAAACAAUACAAUUGCGAUUUCAUUACAGUUCCAACUGCUUACCCCAAACGCUUCAGCCUCAAACCCUCCAAAUUAUUUCAAACAAAAGAAAGUUGGCGAAGGGCAAUCAUCGAAGAAACUCGUGAGACGAUCAGACAAAAACGUUCCGUCAUUGUUUUUUGCCAAUCCAUAAAAGAAGUAAACGAAGUUCAUAAACAACUAAAAUAUGCAAUCAAGGAGAUCAAAGAAAAUAAUAAUCGCAUCCAUCGCUACACACGUGAUUACGAGAAAUUCAAGUUUGAAAAUUCUAAACUGGAUGUCGGACACGUGAUCGUCGCCACCAACUUGGCUGGUCGGGGGACGGACAUAAAAAUCAGCAAAAAUCUAGAAACCAACGGAGGUCUGCACGUUUGUUUGACAUAUUUCCUUGAGAACGAAAGAGUCGAGGAACAAGCGAUGGGUCGUGCGGCAAGAAAAGGGGAACCGGGAAGUGGAAUCCUUAUUUUAUGCGAAGAACAAACUGAACAACUGGGUGAGUCGAGCACAAAUGAAGAAUUGGGGGCUGAGAAAAUAUUUUUCAUGAAGGAGGAAAGGGAAUGUAAAAAGAGACAACGAAUUUUACGCCUGGGAAAAGAUCUCGAGCGCAUUGAAAUGCUAGAAAAAUUAUUCGAAUCUGUCACAGAAUUUCGUUUGGAAAAGAAAGCAGCAGAAAAAGAAUAUAUUAAAACGAUGAACGGGGGAAACAAUCUUGACAAAUACAUCUUAAAUCUAUUGGACAAAGAUUUUAUGCUUAAGCUUAUUCAUUACAACGCCCUAGACAAUUGGGCUCUUUGGUUGGACGAAACAGAUUACAACUUCAAAUGUUUUCAUAUAAAAAAAAACAUCAUAAUGAUUAAUUUGUAUUGGUUUAAAGAAAACAUGCUCAAAUGGAUGAUGCCGACCCGUAGAAUCAUCAUUGCCAAACACUUAGCAGACGCAAAAUCAAAAAGUAAAUUGAGUCACCAUAAUGGAAUGGAUCCAAAAGAAGAAGCAAGUGAAAUUUUGCAUAAACUUAUGAAUUCAACUGACAAAAUAAUCUACCCAGCUGCUUUUUACUACAAGGCUUUUAUUCUCCUCGCGCAAAUGAACAGGGAUGAGAUGGAUUUCAAGAAAAAGAAAACGGAAUUUAUACGCACAUUACGACAUGCAGAGACUAUUUUGAAUCUGCACAACUAUAUGCAAAUUUAUUUCAAGCUAAUUCAUGAAUCCAAGAUGAAACCUAACCACAGACCUUUGCUUUGUCCCGUCGAUGGUUACAGGGAACAGAAACAGAACAAUAUAAUAAUCCUUCAAUAUUUCAUCAAUUCCAUCCAGUUCCUGUUAGGCAAUAGUUAUUUUUCAGCUUGGGAUCUUCAACAAGUACUAGGACAAUUAGAAAAAAACAAAGAAGAAGGAAAACACAGCAAGAAAACAGAAGAAGAAGUUGAAGAUCAUGAACAGAAAACAACGGCCAUAAGAAAAAGAGCAGAACAAUUAUUUCAAUCGUUGAUUAGUUCAAAAUGUAUCGUAUGGAAGGUCAACAACUCUGACACUGUACCGAAUUACAAAGACUCCAUUAAAAUCAUAGCCAGCAAAUACAACAUCGAACGAUUUUUACUGGAAGACACAAUCACUUCCGUCUUUGAAAAGUGUCCGAGGGAUGCAAAGGAAACAGAAAAGGAACUCGAAAAGGAGAAGCUGAUUUCGUGCUCGAGGAAGGCAUUCUGGACUACACUUGUGAAUGCUGGUGCCCUAAAUAAUGCUGAAAAUUGCAUCGUUAUAGAGGAUUCAGAGCUCGUAGCAAAACUCGACCGACGUGAAAGGAUCGAAAUCCCAUUUAACUUUGUAUCCGACGGAUACGUACAAUAUAAACCCAAAUAUUUCAGUCAAAAGGAUUUGGAAAUCAAAAUGAUAAUGUUUCCUAAGUACUACGUCAAAGAUAAUCUUUCAAAAGAAGAAUAUCUGCGAUCAAAACCAAAAUUUGAAUCCAACAAAAUCGCACAAAUAGAUUUCAAGAAACUUGAGACUGUCGAUCUUAAGGCUUUUGGUCGGCUUACUAAGGAUCGCUUACGCCACGCCAAUUUCACACCUACUGAAAGACAAGUGAUUUGGGAAGAACUAAGAAAACAGGAAAUUAUUAGUGAUCAAGGUUUUCAUUUACCCCUUGCACCCGAGUUCAAAUAUCCUGAUUGCCCAGUCUACGAAGAUACCAUUAGAUGCCUAAUCAAGAAAACGUUCCCAGCUGAAUUAGUUCGACGGAGCUGGCUAGAAUUGGAGCCGAAAGAUAAAUCCUCUACUGAAUAUAUCCAGAAUCUUAAAAUGAUCAAUUUGCUGCCCGAGAAACCCUAUCGUAAAUUGCUAGGUCGUUUAAUGGAGGCGCAUGUCAUUUCUGGAGUUCAAGUGACCGAAGAAAUGGGACUCGACGUCCUGGAAAAAGAAGUGAAAAAGAUAACUAAAGACAAAAAUGAGUUUGAUUGUAUCUUAAAUAUUCUGAAUGAACGCCGAGCAGAUUACGUUGCCGAAGAGAUGAAACCCGACAAUGUUACACUCGAAUGCAUUGAAGGAAAAGUAAUCCAGAGUAACAUGAACAGCCUGUCCAGCGAACUUCAAGUUUUUUGGCUUGUUGGAUUUGAUCAUUUCAUCGGCUUAAAGAGUCGAAAUAAGUCCUGGUUAACAAGAGCCAAAGCGAUUACCACCAUCAUUGGAGGUCUUGUUCAGUGUGUCGUUGGAGUCGCAAUAAAUUACUGUCCUAUAAUAGACAAAUUAGGUUCAUUGCUGGGCGAUUUGACAAAAACAGGGUUGGACGACAUUUAUUUUGGAAUAAAAGCUCUCAAGUCACCAUACGAUUUGAUGUUCUAUUACCGUGAACAUAAGAUAGAAAGUUUGAAAGAAUCUGGAGGACUUCUUGGCACCAUUACUUCGUUAGCUAAAAAACGUAACCAUUAACCAAUGAAUAUAAAGAGAAUGAGAAAAAAACAAGCUAAUUGCAUUAAAGGAAAAUAAUAGAUGACAGCUUUGUCACUCGAGAAAAUCUUUAUUUUUUUCUUAUAUUAUCAUAUUGGUUGGUCUGCUUACAUAAAUUCUUGCUUGCUUGUCCUUGAAACCUAUUCUGGUGGAUAUGCUUUUUUUCCCAUAGUACUAUCUUACACGAUUUCAUGGUGGAUUGCUGUAGUCGAUGCACUUUGAUCUCUUAUUCAAAAAAGGCAAAGUGCGGAAAAAUUCGAAAAACUCCUAAUAAUACACUUAUUUUGGAGAACUUGUAGUGACGAUUCAUUUGUCAAAAUAUUUUAAUUUGAUAAUGCAGAAUAAACACCUAACAAGAAAUAUCAAAAAAUUAUUCUUAAUAAAAUCCUAUCAACAUAAAUAAAAACUUAAAACA